GAUUUGCACCCCCCCCUCUUGGACACCCCCCUCUUGGCCGCUCCCAACCGUGCCGGCUCGGGCUGCCCGCCAGAGGCCGGGCACGCCUGCACUUAGAAGACCGCCGGGCGCAGCCGCCCGCCAUGCGGCGGGCGCCGCGCCCCGAGCCCCUGCCGCUGCAGAAGGCGAGACGAUGAUCACGUACGUGGCUGUGGGAGGCUCCCAUGUUCUCGUCCUUCAGGAGUGGUGGAGAGCUUCUGGCCUGGGGCUCCAACCAGUACGGCCAGCUCGGCUGCGGAUCCACGAGAGUGCAGAAGGCGCCCGUGCUGGUCCUCGAGCACGUCAGGGCCGUGGCGGCCGGCGAGUACCACUCGAUGGCCGUGAACGAGGAUGGAGACCUGCACGUCUGGGGGUGCAACAGCAGCGGCCAGCUGGGAGAUGGCACCACGGAGCACCGCGCAGAGCCGAAGGUGGUGCUGGAGCACAUCGACCUGAUCGCCGCGGGAGGGGGGCACAGCCUUGCGCUGCAGAAGCCGCCGCCGAAGGGCCUGAAGCGCCAGACGCUGUUCGCCUGGGGCAUGGACGCGUGUGAGGACGGCAGUGCGCGCUGCACCAUCACCGGCGUCGCCAUGGUGCUAUCGCCGCAGCGGAUCUGGGAAGACUCCGGGCAGGACGGUAGGGCCAUCGUCGCCAUCGCCUGCGGCCGCAACCACAGCAUGGCCGUCGUGGAGGACGGGGCGUGCCUGACCUGGGGCCGCAACGGCCACGGCCAGCUCGGGGACGGCCUGACGCGCAGCAGGCUGGAGCCGACGAAGGUGGCAGACGGCGUCGCGGCAGUGUCGGCGGGCUUGGAAUACAGCCUCGCGGUCACCCGCGACGGACGCCUGCUCGCCUGGGGCUGCAACGGCAGCGCCAGGCUCGGGACGGGCGACCUCGUGGACCGGCUGCUGCCCACGGAGGUCUUCCGGGACGUCGCCGCCGCGGUCGCGGGCGUCUACCACGCGGUCGCCCUGCUCUCGAACGGCGACUGCGUGGGCUGGGGCUGCAACCUCCACGACUGCCUGGGCCACGGGCUCCCCCUAGAGGUGGUGAGGCCCACGAGGGUGCUCGUGAGCGGGGCGUGGAAGGCCUCGCUGGGCACCCACCAGACCUUCGCUCUCAUGGGGUCCGGCGAGGUCUUCACCUGGGGCCUGCAGGCGAGAGACCUCGACGAGAGCAUGCAGCGGUGCCGCGAGUUCGUGCCGAAGCCCAAGAGGCCAGGGGCCGACGACUUGACGGGCACGGCGCUGGCCAGCGAGGAGAGGCAGGAGUUCCACUUCUCCGAGGAGCCGCUACGUGCACCCGCCGCUCGCCGAUCCCGCCCCCCCCGACGACGCGGAGGGCCCCGGGCGGCGGUCUCCGAGCCCGCCGGGCGCGAGGCCGCCCGGCGGCGCGCAGGAUGUCGACGUCGACUGGCAGGAGAAGCCUCUGCAGGAGGGGGGCCUUACGGCGGUGCUGGACGACGGGCACGGGCAGAGGCGCGCGGCGCGGCUCGUCGAGCAGGUGCACCAGAGGGCCCGCCAGAGGACCAGGGGCCGCGCGUACGCCGUCCGCUGGGCCGCGUUCCGCCGCGGGCGGUGCGAGGCGGAAGGCUCGCAGGGCGAGGCCUUGCGCGCCUUCCACGCCGAGCUGGCGGCGGAGGUCGUUCGCUCCUGGGAGGACCUGGCACGCCUGGACGACGUGGCCGCGGGCGGCUGGACCCCCGAGCAGCGGCACCCGACCACGGGCGUGCUCGCCAUGGCCGAGCUGCUCGAGGCGGUGCUCAAGGAGG